AUGAAGGCCUCAGUUAUUCUCUCGACUCUUUACCCUGCGAUUGCGGCUGCCUUAGCAGCUGUAUGCGAAAAGGAUGCAGGACCAUGCAUCAUGGCCAACGAUUGCUGCGAAGGCUAUACUUGUAAAGCGGUACCUGGAGCAGGCUCUAAAUGCGUCGCCAACCAGGCGUGUGUUGCAACAGGAAUGCUCUGCCAUGUGCAGACCGCGAAGUGCUGUGGCGAUUUUGCGUGCACUAGAAUUUUUGGCCAAGUAGGAGUUUGCAUGAAACCCGUGGACAUCAAGCCUACUUUGCCCUGA